AUGGCUUCUCAAUGGCGAAGAGACAACCAGGAUGGUCCUGCUGAUCGAUCCCCACACUUUUUCAAGAUUAUUCUGCCUAAUGCUGUUCAAGAAGGAAAGCUUAUUCUAGAUAAGUUCAUGAAGAAAUAUGGAGUGGAUCUGUCAGAUAUGGCCUUUAUUACGAUUCCAAAUGUUUUCAAAUAUGAAGGAAAUUCACACUUUGAUGUACUCAUAUUUGAUGCCACUGCAAUAGAAAUAGACUAUACUUUAGACAAAGAACUCCAAGUUCGUAGGAUGGAAGACGAUGAGAGUGAUGACCGCUCUGUUGAAAUCAUUAAACACUUUUACAGGGGAGAGGGUUCACGAUCAGCCCAUCCUAAGAAAGAUGGUGGUGUAGCUGAAAAUCUUGUUCGAGCCAAUGCUUUUAAAUUAGAAAAUCCCCUUUUCACUGUUAUCAUUCGUCCAUCCUAUGUUAAUGGCAAGGAUCGUGUGAGUUUACCCAGGGGCAUUAUCAACUACUUACUGAGAGAAGACUUUACCAAGGACUACACCAAAGCAAGUAUACUCACUGUCAAGCUCUAG